AUGGCUUUGUUACUGGUUUGGAUCCCUACUCCAACGACAGCUCCAACUCGGAGGGCGUUUGCGAAUGUGCCAGUACUGCCUGCGUAUGUUGGUGAUACCGAUGGUAAUGUGUGUGUUUGGGAGUUGAAAGAUGACCACCAGAUGGACAAGGACAUGGACAUGGACGACGCUGCAUGCAAUGACAAUGGCAGAUGGUGUUUGGUAGGCAGAGUUACUCUGUUAGAUAUGCUUCCGGAAACCCCGUUGAUGGUAACAAGGAAAUAUCAGGGCAAAUGGCUUAACACGUUUUCUCAACACAUCAUCAUGUGCAACAUUCGCGAAGCAAGGCUAACGGAGGUUUCGAACAAGCUGUAUUAUUAUGUGGUGGCCGACACCGAUACUUACUCGACACAAACUGGCCUCCUCCUCCUCCUCGAAUUCCCACGUGUGCGUCAUGUAACCACUUAUACUACUAGUACUACUAGAGCCAGACGAGCCAUCAAGAGAAUGUUGCAUAAUAGAAAAGAAAAGCUAGCCAUUGCUUGUACUUCCUCAUUCCUCCACAGAAAAACAAAGCUAGCGCACUCCAUGCAUGCAAGGCAGCUAGCAACUAAUUCGAAAGGAUUCGAAGCUAGCUGA